AUGGACAAGGAUAUGGUCUGGCGCUGGGAUGAGGUACUUCGCACCCAUCCCAAUGGAAUGCGCUUUUCUGUGUUUGACGAAGGAGGUGAUCUACUUGCGACAAACGAGUACUUCAGCGUGGGUGGUGGAUUCGUAGUCAAUGAGAAGACGAAAGUGGACGAGAAUCUCUUCUACAAGGGUGUAGACAAGAGUGCGGUGCAUGGGGCGCGUCUUCACCACCCGCAUGGAUCAUCGUCGGAAUCGGAGGAUAGUUCGGAACAGCACGCACAAAGUGCAGACUCGUGCCAACCUCCAUAUCCCUUCGUGUCCGGCGAGAGUUUGCUAGCGUUAACGAAGAAACAUAAUAUGACCAUUGCGCAAAUCGUUUACGACAACGAGUUGCACUUUGGAUAUUCGCACGACGAAAUCCACGAGAAGGCAGGCAUUUCAAUGCGCAUUGUUCCAUUGUUUUUCCUAAAAGAGUUUAUUUGUACAGAAACAAAGCUUCCAGGGCGACUCCAGCUUCGUCGCCGUGCGCCUAUGCUUUACCGCCGACUCAUGAGAGGCUUUUAUCCUGGUCUUGUUUCGCCCACCGUUGCUGCCAUCGGCCCAGGAUCUUCACAGGCUGCUGAGAGAAUCGGUGCCCCCGAGGGAGAACAGGACGAUGGAGAGAAUGGUAACGAGAACGAGAAGGGUGCGGGUGCGAAUGUAGCUGCCGUGCGGGCGACACGUGUAGUAGGCUCGUUUGACCAUGCAAUCCUUCCCAUGCCACCGCGCAAAACAAUGAUUCCCGCCAUGGACUUUUUAUCGUGUUAUGCGAUCGCAGUGAACGAAGUGAACGCCAGCGGUGGGCGAAUUGUGACGUCCCCUACAAAUGGCGCAGCGGGUGUCAUACCAGCAGUAUUAAAAUACAUUGUAGAGUUUAUCAGCGAUGAUCCUGAGAAGUCGGUCGUCACAUUCUUGCUCACCGCUGCGGCUGUCGGAAUGCUUUUCAAACGAGGCAGUACAAUAUCCGCAGCGGAGGGAGGAUGUCAAGCUGAAGUAGGAGUUGCUUGUUCAAUGGCGAGCGCCGGAUUUGCAGCAUGCAUGGGUGCUUCUCCCGAAACGGUUCUUCAGGCCGCUGAGAUUGGAAUUGAGCACAAUCUGGGCUUGACUUGCGACCCCAUUGAUGGAUUGGUGCAAGUGCCAUGCAUUGAGCGAAACAGUCUCGGAGCUGUCAAGGCUGUCACGGCCGCCCAAUUGUCAAUGGCUAGCCAGAAUGUAUACAGUGUCACACUCGACGAGGCUAUUGAGGCAAUGCGUCUGACUGCUGCCGACAUGAGUGUGAAGUACAAAGAGACCAGUCUUUCGGGUCUUGCCCGAACCGUCAAGAUUCCCCUUACUGUGCCUGCUUGUUAG